UCUCAUCCAAAAAAUACUAUAUAAACUCAUCCACUUCCCAUGCAAAUUCAUCAACUCACAACACACAACUCUCUCUCUCUCUCUCUCUGUGUCUCUUUUUAGAGAAAUUAAUAUGAUGGAUUCGAUUUUGGGUUUAUCAUUGCUAUCAUGGAACUUCAUGGUUCUAGCUGUGAUCCUUCCCAUAGUGAUCUUCUUCAUCAGAAGCAAGACAAGAUCCAAACCCGUUUCCAGCAACUGGCCGCCCGGCCCGAAGACCCUACCCGUGAUCGGAAACAUGCACCUCCUGAGCGCCCUGGCGUUCCGGUCCAUCAGCGAGCUGGCGAAACAGUACGGCCCGCUGAUGCGGCUGAAGCUGGGCGAAGUGGACACGAUCGUGGUGUCAUCGCGAGAGGUGGCGCGAGAGAUGCUGAAGCAGCACGACCCUUGCUACGCCGACCGCCCCGAGUCCAUCGGCAUCAAGGUCUUAUGGUACAACUACCGCGACAUCGCCUUCAGCCCCUACGGCGACUACUGGCGCCAGAUGCGCAAGAUCUGCAUCAUGGAGCUCCUCAGCCCCCGCAGCGUCCGCUCCUUCGCCUCCAUCCGCACAGACGAGGUCUCCAACCUCAUCGCCUCCAUCCGCGCCUCCGCCGCCGCCGGAAACCCCGUCAACAUCAGCGACUCCAUCUUCUCCAUGAUGAGCUCCGUCACCUGCCGCGCCGCCUUCGGGAAGGUCUCCAAGGAUAAGGACGCGCUCAUCAGGAUCCUCAGGGACGGCAUCCAGAUGGCCGGCGGCUUCGAGAUCGCCGACUUCUUCCCUUCCUCCUUGAUCAUCAACACCUUCAGCUGGACCAAGAUCAGGCUGCUCAUGAUGCGCCACCGGCUCGACGUCAUCCUCGACGGCCUCAUCCGCCAGCACCAGCUCAAUCUCGCCAAGAUCGACAGAGGCAGCGAAGAUGGCGAGAGAGGGAGGAAGGGCAACGGCGAGUUCGGGAACGAAGACAUCAUCGACGUUCUGCUUAGGGUUCAGGAGACCGGCGAGCUCCAGUUUCCCAUCAGGAAAGAGGACAUCAAGGCAGUUGUCUACGACAUGUUCUCCGCCGGCACAGAGACGUCUUCGACGGCGAUGGACUGGGCGAUGGCGGAGCUGAUGAGGAACCCGCGGGUGAUGGCCAAGGCGCAAGCUGAAGUGCGGCGCGUGUUCAACGACGCCACCAUCGCAACCAUGGGAGACAACGAUCAGAAUCUCAAGUAUCUGAAGCUGGUGAUCAGGGAGGCGCUGAGGCUGCACCCUCCGGUUCCGAUCCUACCGAGGGCGUCGAGGGAGGAGCGCGUGAUCGGCGGGUAUGUGAUUCCGGCCAACGUGAAGGUUCUUGUCAACAACUGGGGGAUGCAGAGGGAUCCCGCCUACUGGACCAAUCCGGACAGCUUCGAACCGGAGAGGUUCGAGGACUGCUCCAAGGAAUUUCUCGGAGCAGACUUCGACUUUCUCCCGUUCGGAGCUGGGAAAAGAAUGUGCCCUGGAAUCACAUUCGCUAUGGCGAGUGUGGAGCUUGUUUUGGCUCAGCUUCUCUAUCACUUCGAUUGGAAGCUUCCAAACGGAGCUCAGCCGGAAAGCAUGGAGAUGAUCGAGAAUCCCGGAGUCACUGCUUCCAGAAGGGAUAGCCUUCUUGCGGUGCCAACACCAUACAAGAACUCGGCUUAAUCCAAAAUCGGCAUAGGAUUUUCAUGGGCCGGGCUAAUUAAUUAAUUAAUAUUCAGUUACAUAUAUGAAGUAAAUUUUGUUGUUGGAAUAAGUGUAUUUGAAUUUUCAAGCUUGGUCGAGAAAAUGGGAGACGGUGUUCUUGAAUUGCUUGGUUUGUAAAUUAGUGUUUACUCUUACUAUACAAGCAAUAAAAGGAAUGAUUUAUUUGUUUGCGUUA